AUGGAUCAGGCGCGUCGCCCGCCGCGCGCGCGCGCCGUGCGCGACGUGUGCACGUCCAACGGCGAAUCCCCGGAAGAGGUGACGUCGCUCACGCUCGACUCCAUGUGCGCGUCCACGUCCGUGACCGGCCUCGACGCGUGCGUCGCGCUCGAGGAGCUGUCGCUCAUCGGCUGCGGCGUCGCGACGCUCGAGGGCUUCCCGGACCUGCCCAAGCUCACGAAGCUCUUCCUCAACGACAACCGCAUCGCGGGCGGUCUGGAGCACCUCGCGUGCUUAAAGACGCUCAAGGAGCUCGGCGUCGGCGGGAACAGGAUCGCGUCUCUGGACGAGCUCAAGCCCAUCGCGUCGCUGCCGCUGACGUCGCUGGAUCUCGCCGGGUGCCCGUGCGCGGACGACUCGGCGGAGUACCGCGCUGACGUGUACGACAUGUUCCCGAGCCUCGUGUAUCUGGACGGCAUGGACGCGGACGGGGAGGAGAAGCUCAUGGAGUCGGACGAGGACGACGACGAGGAGGAGGAUGAGGAUGAGGAGGACGAUUUCGACGACGACGACGCCGAGGACGGACUCGACGACGAAGACGAAGACGACGAAGACGAAGACGAGGACGAAGAAGUCGUCAUCUCCGACGACGACGACGACGACGACGACGACGCGGCCGCCGCCGCGGAGGACGGCGGCGGCGGCGACGACGACGACGACGAAGAGGAGUCGGACGACGACGACGACGAAGACGACGACGACGAAGACGAGCUCGGCACCGCGCACCUCCUCGGCACGACGACGGACGACCUCGAGGAGGGCGACGACUUCGAGGCGGACGAGGACCCGGAGAGCGAGGACUUCGACGACGAGGAGGAGGAGGACGACGACGACGAGGACGCGGGCGCCGCGAAGAAGGCGCGCGUGGAGUGA